UAUUAGAACAAGGAACCAGAUCCGGUGUAAACGUGUACGAAAGCAGUGACGCGAGAAAUAUGUAUGAUCAAAACGUGUAUAAAUUUCUUUGGUUGGGUUAAAAGACUAGGUCAAGCAUCAGAGAUGACGAAAAACACAAACUUGCCUGUCUCUGGUCAAGAAAAGAAAUUUACAAAUCAUGCAAAUGGUAGAAAAAUCCUUGCCAAAUGUUUAGAUUGUGGUAAAUGGUUUGCUUCAAAAGAGAACUUGAAGAAACACAUGGAUACACAUAGUGAAACUAAGAGGCACAAGGAGACACACAGUGAAACUAAGAGGAACAAGGGGACACAUAGUGAAACUAAGAGUCACAAGGAGACACAUAGUGAAACUAAGAGGAACAAGGAUACACAUAGUGAAACUAAGAGGAACAAGGGUACACAUAGUGAAACUAAGAGGCACAAUGAUACACAUAGUGAAACUAAGAGGCACAAUGAUACACAUAGUGAAACUAAGACGCACAAGGAUACACAUAGUGAAACUAAGAGGCACAAGGAUACACAUAGUAAAACUAAACCUUUUUCGUGUCCGAUAUGUAGUAAAACGUUUCUUGAUAAAUCUUCAUUAAGUAACCAUGAACGUAUUCAUUCUAAAAUUUUUCAAUAUGUGUGCAAGGUAUGCAAGAAAGGAUUCAAUGUCAAAAGUCAUCAUAAAGCUCAUGAACUGAUGUGUUCUGGAAAAGGUGGAUUUAAGUGUUCCACUUGCAGUAAAAUGUUCACUUGUGCAUCUAAACUUAAAGCACAUGAAAGAACUCAUUCUGGUGAAAAGCCAUUUAAAUGUGAUUUUUGUGAUAAAGCGUGCAAAACACAAGAACAAAGACGAGACCAUCAAAGAACUCAUACUGGAGAAAGACCUUAUGAAUGUUCCACAUGCGCUAAGCGUUUUACAAGGAGAAAUGAGUUCAAGGUGCACGAAAGAACACAUACGGAUAUCAAGCCGUUCAAUUGCCAAAUCUGUAAAAAGGCGUUCCGUGAUAAACAUCAGCUGAACAUUCACGCAAGAAUCCAUUCUGACAGCUUUUCAUUUUCUUGCAAGGUGUGCAAGAAGGGGUUCAACCAUAACAGCCAUUGCCUAUCUCACGAAAGAAUGUGCUCUGGUGAAAUUGUAUAUAGCUGUACUAUUUGCGAUAAAAAGUUCCCAAAUGAAUCUAGCUUGAAAAUUCACUGCAGAAAACAUACUGGUGAAAAACCAUUUCAAUGUAAUGUUUGUGACAAAACCUUUAGUAGUACCAGCUGCAGGAAAGCCCAUGAAUUAGUACAUACUGGAGAAAGACCUUUCCAAUGUUCUGAUUGUGAUAAAUGUUUCAAAACAAAAGCUAAAUUAAAGCGACACGGGACAACACAUUCUGACAUCAGGCCUUUUCCAUGUCACGUCUGCCAUAAACCAUUCAAAUCUAAAGAACAAUUAAACAGUCACUUGAGAAUUCAUUCUGGCGAGAAACCUCAUUCUUGUGCGAUAUGUAGCAAAAGUUUUGGUUCCAAAGGUGAGUUGAGAAACCAUGAAAGAAUCCAUACAGGUGAGAAACCGUAUACCUGUGGUGUUUGUGAAAAAUCAUUUGCCACAAGACCAACAUUGAUAGCACACCAAAGAAUACAUUCAGGCGAAAAACCCUUUUCUUGUUCUAUUUGUUCGAGAUCUUUUAGCUUACGGAGCACUCUUAUUUUACACACAAAAAUACACAAAAGUGUACUACCGUUUCGAUGUAAGUCAUGUAGUAGAGGUUUUCUCACUAAAACACAACUUACAAAGCAUGAAGUUGUGCACACGCGCACUUCAACAAAAUGUUCCUUUUGUGAAAAGAGCUACACCUCAGUGCAUGUGUUGUUACAACACGAAAAAGUACAUACCGGUGUGAAACCAUUCCAAUGCUCCAUAUGUAAUAAAGAAUUCACAUGGAGAGCGAAUAUGAAAAGGCAUGAAAAGAUACAUAAUGGAGACAAACGCUAUGAGUGCAUUGUAUGUCAGAAAAAGUUUGUUAACAACUUUAGCUGUAAGCUUCACGAGAGAAUACAUAGCGGAGAACGCCCUUUUAUCUGUCCAGUAUGCAAUAAAAGUUUUAAGAGCAAGAUAGAAAUGAAUACUCAUAAAUAUGUACAUGUAAAGAAUAAACCACUUCAAUGUAGCGUUUGUGAAAAAGGAUUUUGUACAAAAUAUAAAUUAAAACAGCAUGAGAUUACACACAGUAUAGUGAAACCUUUUAUUUGCUCUCUCUGUAAAAAGGGAUUUUGCACAAAAGGGGAAUUUGAAAAUCACCUGAGAGUUCACAGGGGUGACCGACCACACAAAUGUUCGACUUGUAAUAAAGGUUUCUAUCUGGUAGGAACACUACACGUGCAUGAACGUAUUCAUUCUGAUACAAAACUUUUUAGUUGCCCUGUUUGUCAGAGGGGAUAUAAUUUUAAGAGCAGUUUAAAAAUUCAUGAACGGACACAUACUGGUGAAAAACCAUAUGUUUGUGAGAUUUGUGGGAAAGCUUUUAUUGACGAUUCAUCACUAAGAAAACAUUUGAUGAUUCACUCUGACAGAAAACCGUACAAGUGUUCUGUGUGUAAGAAAACGUUCCGGUUAAAUGCUAAUUUGAAGACACACGAACGGACUCAUGGUAACGGAGAAUCUUUAGAAUGUCCCGUAUGUAACAAAAUAUUCAAGCAGAAAAAAUAUCUGAAGCAACACGGAAAACUACAUACAGGAGAAUAGAACAAAUUGUUUAAGAUCCUUUAAGGAGAAGAAUUAAAAACCAGUGGUAUAAUGCAUGGAGCAAUAACAAGGUGUAGGGAUGGAACCUUGGAAACGUGCGAAUGUUCGAUGUUUGUAUUAGAUCAUAUGAAAAUGAAAUCUGUUUAUGUUUAUCACAAGAUAAUUCAUUGUUUUAGAAUUAAUUCUAACGAUUAUUUAAUUAAGAUAAAAUCUGAGCAUUUUCAAGCAGCAAACAAAUAGGAUAACAUGUGCAACUGCACAUGUAUAGACCAUUGAUUGUAUAUAAAUGUUGAGUAUAGAAGGAUUUAUUGUGCUGAGUCGGUAUCAAGACAAAUUCAAUGUGUACCAUGUAAAUUAUAUCCAGGCCCUUUUUAUUAAGUAUCCGAUCGCAUAGAAAUAUAUUUCAAAGGAUUGCCCGUUUGAACUGCUACAAAAUUCAUUAGGUUAAUACGAGUAACAUUAACUUGAGAUAUUUCCUUUAAAUUUCCUGACAUUAUUUUUUUUUUUAAUAUUUAAUAAUAAAGGUUUACAAAUGAA